GCGGGACGUUCAAAAACUCCGCCGACUGGCCGAAUUUACUAUAAAAUAAACUGUAAAUAACAAAGCAUAACGCAACCUUAACCGCAAAAUAUCCACCGGAACGUCGUAAACACGUCGUCGGAUUAUCGCCGGUAACCAUGAACCGGGUUCGGAUGAAGUUUGACUCUCCGUCCAGUCUGACAGGCUCCCCGAACACAACCAAACAGAACCGACUGAGGAGAAGUUCCAGGCAGACUCAGAGGACGCAGACAGCGGCGGAGGUCGACUCUCCAAAGAGCCAGCAGUCCGUUUUUAAGACCCCGACCAGAAUCCCGAGGUCCAGAGCAGGCACCGGUUUCAGCGGAGAGUCUCCACAUAAUGACUCCGACUUUCAGCAGGACAUCAUCUGGGACGCAACCUCUCCCUCACCCAACAGACUCGGUAAAAGAGGCAAGAAACAGCCUGCUGGAGUUGUGGACAUCUCAGAGAUCGUCAGCAGGAUCGCUCCAAAGCAUGGCAGGCCAAAGGUUGCAGAGCCGACGUUACAGCAGUGGAUCGGAGACAGCGCCACCAUUCCCUGCACGCCAGAUGUUCAAGUUCCCAAACCCAAGAAGAAAUCCCCGAGGCCAAACGGAGUGGACGACCUGCUGAAGCUCGCCAAACAGUUUGACUUCAACAUGUUUCAUAAGGACGAAGAAGAAGAAGUAGUAGUUCAGGACCCACACCAGCAGAGCCUGGAGCUCCUGUCGGAGGACAUCUUGGAUUUAGAGAACCGUGAUCCAAACUUUUCACCUCCACAUCCUGGAACCUGCCAGCCAGCUGUGACGGCAGCGGCUGGGACAGAUGAGCAGGUCCACCUGCAUCAACACAUGGAGGACGAUUUGGAUUUCCUUUUUGAUGGACCGACCCAACAUGUGAGUGGAGACUUAAGUCAGGUGUCGUCAGCUCAGCAGUCACAAGAAAAACCUGCUUUCAAAGAGGCUUCUGGGAAACCGUCUGCUUCCUCACGCAAUCCCACGUCUGGUGUUUCCACGACAAACAUUAAAGGAGCUUCAGGAAACGACGAGUUUGAGGACGACUGGGAGAACGAUGACUUGCUAAAUGACUCUUUAGUGUUGGAGAUGACCCAAAACCCACAGAACUUCACCGCUCCAAAGCACUGUUCAACCCAGAAACCAUCUGGUCCAGUAAACGCUCCUGCCCGUGGCGCUGCUGGACACGACCAAUCAGCUGUCUCUAAAGUGGAAAAGGACAAUGUGAGACAAAGAACGACUUUCAGACUGGAGCCUAAUCCUAAUUUCUCCGUCACAAGAAUCCAGACAGACGCGUGGACAAACUGGAAGGUGGAUUACAGCUUGAAAGCAGCAAAAGAAGACACCCAGCAGAGCCGGUGUGAGCGUUCUUUAGUUGUGGCGGGAUCUCAGCGGACCAGGCAAACAUCAAACACAGAAAAGUCAGAUCCACAGAAACCAGAAUUUCAACAAAGGACCUCUGUUGGAAGUUUCAAAUACAAUACGACUGACACAAGAACAACUCAGAGCUUUCCACAAAAACCUGAAGCAGGUUCAUCCCACAGCGAGGCGCCCGCCGUCUCCGACAUCCUGGAUGAGGACCUGGACGCUUUCUUCUUGGCCGACCCGGUUUGGGACGACCCAGCUGAUGACGACCUGCUGUGUGAAAUAUGUGAAGACGUGGAGAACCAGAUCCAGAGCGUGGUUUCCGCUAAACAGACUCUUCCUGUGUCCAACCAGAGAGCAGCUCUGCAGCCAUCCAGCAGACCCGGCGGGGACAACAGGACCCAACAGCAGCCAGCCAAUCGGCAGCCUUUCCCCCAAAAACAAACACUGGCGACUCUUCCUUGUGCUCCAGGUAGACCAGUGGGCGCUAAGUUGCCUGCUGGUUUUGUCUCCAACGUUGCUGCAGGUGCACAAUCGAACACAGUGACAAAUUCUUACAGGUUCACACAAGCAAAAAACACUCCAGGAUCCACAAACAGUCCAGGGUGUCUGCAGGGGAGCAGCAGAGUCCAGCUGGCAACGCAGGGGAACCUCCGCAAAGACCAGUUCACCUUCAAGAAGCCAGGCAACCCGGUUUCUGCAAUGACCAGCAAAGUUCCGGGAAAAUGUUCAGCAGCAGAGAUCGAGCUGAAGAAGCAGCAGGCGAUGGAGAAACGACGACAGCGACUGCAGGCCGCCCAAAACCUCCGAGCUCCGACCUGACGGAGACAAAGAAGUAUUUGGAAACAACGAACCUGAAGAGCUGAACAGUGUCUCUGCUCACCUGCCUGAAGAUAAACCAGACACAACAUGCUGAGCUUGCGUCGCUGAAUCAGUUUGAUAAGCAACGAGAGCUGGCCAACAUUUCUUGUACAAAUAUAUUCUUGUAAAAAUGAAUCUGUACAUUUACUGUAAUUUAAUGUUUGUUUCUAUCACAUUUCUUUUUUCAAGUUUUUAUUUUUUAAAUCAACCCCUGUUUUUGUGUGUUUUUAAAAGAAUAGUUCAACAUUUAUUUGCUUUCUUUCAAAGAGAGAUAUUAUAAGUGUUACUUGUUAGCCUUGCUUAGCAUAAAGACUGGAAGCAGAGGGGAACAGCUAGCUUCGCUCAGCAUAAAGUCCAAAAACACACCUAUCAGCACCUCUAAAGCUCGCAGAGUACCACGUUGUAUCUUGUUUAAUAUAAAACACAAAAAGAAAAGAACCAAACAAUCGUGUAUCCACAUGCCCAGUACUCUUGUGCAGCAUCUCCAGAUGUAGCGCAGGUUUUUCAGACUGGCAAAUCCGACGCCCUCACUAUGACCAUGAGACUUCAGGAAGCUGCCUUUCAGCUGGAACUAGUUCCAGCAGGUAGCGCCGCCUUACACGGCGUGUUACCUGGUCAGCUUCAGAGGUGUUGGUAGGUGUAUUUUUAACCUUUGCACAGAGCCAGGCUGGCUGCAAAGAAAGCAAAUCAAUUUAUCUCCCAAAAUGUUUCAUUCCAUUCACCAUUCCUUUAAUUCCAGAUUCUACUACGUCGGGAAAGUAAAUUCACUGCACGUCAGUUUGAGAAAAAAAAUUACUGUGAGCAGAAUCGUGAUUAUAGGAUUGAGGACUCGUUCAAUAUUUCUGAUUUAAUAAACUCCAAACAGAAGUCGCCCGUCAUGUUUCCAGCUCACUGUUUGUGCCAUUUAACUUUAUUUUACUUUUAAAUGCAAAGUUGUCACUUUGUUUUUCAAGAAGUUUGACCCAAUAAAUAAUUUGCCUGUAAAAAAAAUUUGAUUUGGGAAUUUGGUUUCCAUUGUCUCAUCUGACAAACAAAACAGUUUCAUUAGAGAGAUCUUCUGUGCUAAGCUAGGCUAACAACAUACUGGACAGCUAACAAAAGGAUUUUUCCUGUUUCUUUAAUAUAUUCUGACUCUGUGUUCCUGAUAGUUAAUUUCUCAUUUAGUUUUUCAUCAUGAACACGAGGAGACACUUUUCUAACCCGACUGUCUGUUUUCUCUUUAUUCACUUUAUUUUCUGCAAAGCACUUUAACAGAUUUCAAACUGUUUUACCAAUAAAAGUUUUAAUCU